UACAUUGAUGUAACACUCGAACGGCGACGCAGCACUUAUAUAAAGAUAGCAGUUAGGUCAAUCGUCGUUCGGUGGGACACAGCAUAUAUAGUCUAAACUCUAAACAUAUAUCAGAGUCUAAAAAUGAAAUCCUGUAGCAUUUUGAGUUUGCUGUUUGUCUGCUGUUGUUGUGUGAUUUUACAAUGCCGAGCGCAACAGGAACCCACCGUGGAUAUUCCAGCCCUCGGCCAACUUCGUGGAUCUCAAAUGGUGUCGUCAUCCGGGCGAAAUUUUCACGCUUUCAGAAGCAUUCCUUACGCUGAGCCACCCGUUGGAAAUCUGCGCUUCAGAGACCCAAUUGCGGCUAAACCUUGGACAGGACGUGUGUUGGAUGCGACCAAGGAAGGUCCCACAUGCCUCCAAAACGACUUGCUUACCGGUCUCACCCAGGUCGGCCAAGAAGAUUGCCUGGUGCUGAAUGUCUACACCCACAAGAUAAAUGAUGCAAUUGAAAAAGCCUUGCCGGUCAUGGUCUGGAUUCACGGCGGUGGUUUUUCGGCGGGCAGUGGCAAUUUUGAAACGGAUUUUUAUGGUCCGGGAAAAAUUCUCGAUCGAGACGUCGUCCUUGUGACAAUCAAUUACCGUGUUGGACCUUUUGGUUUCUUGAGUACGGAAGACAAGGAAGCCCCCGGAAAUUAUGGACUCCUCGAUCAGACACUGGCAAUUAAGUGGGUGAAAGAUCACAUCGCCAAUUUUGGAGGCAAUCCAGACUCGAUUACCAUUUUCGGAGAAAGCGCUGGCGGCGCCAGCGUCCAGUUUCAAGUACUGUCACCACAUUCCAAAGGGUUAUUCCAUCGCGCCAUUUCUCAAUCUGGAGCCCCCGGUUGUCCGUGGGCCAUCCAAAGAAGUGUCGGGGAAUACACGCGACUUCUAGCCGAAGAUUUGAAUUGCCCAACAUCAAACUCUCGGGAGUUACUAGCCUGCCUGAGAAACACGGAAGCUUCCAAAAUUCUGGAAUUCAAGAGAAAAUUAGUGAUCCCAAUUGCAUUGAGUUUGGUCCCCGUCGCUUUCGGACCGCGCAUCGACUCCGAGCGAGACUCGCCAUUCCUUCCGGACGAUCCGGAAGUACUUGUGUCACGCAAACAGUUCAAUCAAGUGCCAAUGAUUGUUGGCCUGACUAAAGACGAGGGAUCUCUUUUCUCUGCAAGUCUGGCCUCAAUCGACGGCAAAAAUCUGGCAGUUUUAAAAAAAGAUCCGCUCAAUUGUCUGGCUCAUGCCAUGGGCAUGGAAAAGCAAAAGAACGGGCGCGAAAUAGCUCAGAAGGCGUACGAUCACUAUUUCGGCACCUCGGAAAGCGACGACGACUUUGUGGCACAAUACGGAAAGAUGGCAUCGGAUGUCGGUUUCUUCAAAUGCAUCGACGAUUCGGUCAAAGUUUUCAGCCAAUACAACGGCCAGCCGGUUUACUACUACAACUAUGCGCACAAGGGCUAACAUUCCAUUACCCAAAUGUUGGGCGUGCCCGACGACAUAGAUUUUGGUGUGAGUCACUCUGACGAACUCAUGUUGAUGUUCACCAGCAAUUUCAUUCCACCAAUGACCGAUGCCAACGACAUUAAAGCCUCGAAAAUGCUGCUCGAUUUGUGGA